AUGAGUCCCGGAGGACUCUUCUUUGCCAUAUCGGCCCUCAUGCUCAGUUGCAUCGAUGCAGCUCCCCAUGCGCAAGCCUCCCCUGAUCUGGCAUCACGAGAUCUGGUCAACAUUCUCGUUCCAACCAUUCUUCCGGUAUACUUCUGCACGGAGCCUUUCUGGCAAGGGACGUGUGACAACCUACAGAACGGACCUGCGCUUUGCAUAAAACUCAGCGAGACAUUCGCUGGAAAGGCGAGCUCCAUAGGACCCGAUAAGAACGCCACUGCGUGUGAUUUCUACCAAAACGACCAUUGUAGUUCUGAAGAGGGACUCAAACUUGAGCUCAAGUGGCCAGGUGUGGAUAACCUGCCAGUCUUGCCCCGAGCUGGGAAGUUCGAUAACUCCAUACGCAGCUACACAUGCUAUUAA